GACUUGGGAAAUUUUACUAAAUCAAUAUUAAGUGAACUUGAAUUGAACCUUCGACGUAUACAUGGAUUGGGAGUUUCAAAAAUAGGCAUAACAACAAUGGAACCCCUAGGUUGUUUGCCAAAAAUGACUAUUGCUUCUUCUUAUGAGAAUUGUAGUGAAUCUGCCAAUUCUUUCUCAAUAUUUCACAAUCAAAUGUUGCAUCAAACUAUAGAGAAACUCAACAAUCAAACUGGUGGACAAAGUUUCUUCAUUCUUGAUCUCUAUAGUGCCUUCAUGUCUGCUUUGGAUAUACAACAAAACCACCCAGGAAAUUCAAACUUUGAGAAUCCAUUUAAACCAUGUUGCAUGGGAACAAGUAGUAAAUAUUCAUGUGGAGACCAAAGUGGAUUGCAGAAGAAAUAUGUAAUAUGUAAAAAUCCAGAGCUUUCGUUCUUUUGGGAUGUAAUUCAUCCUUCUCAACAAGGAUGGUUUGCUGUUUUUUCUGCUUUAAAGCCUUCUCUGAGUUCCCUACUGUAUACCAUAGCCUAAUUAGAUAGAAUGAUAGUUAUGUUUCUGAACCGUUCGGUCAUCUAGUUUAUUGUUUGAAUCAUUCGGUCAGCUAA